UGUUGUUCAUUAUAAUCAGCUGACCUAAUAAUCGUAAAAUAAUAACAAAUAAUAAUAAUAACUUCAAUACACUUCUUGAAGUAGUAAUAACCUUUGGGGCCAAUUAGCCUCGCUCAGCUGUGGAGUUACCAGUGUGUAAUCAUGGCCUGUACUCUAAAAACAACUAAAUUUGUUAAACAAAUCCAACAACUGUCUAAAAGAUCAUUUUCUGAAUCAUCAUUUCCUAAAAUAACGACUCAUUACUCAGUGGUACCUCGAGAAAACGAUCCAAGAUGGAAAGACGUAAACAUGGAGAGAUACGUCGACGAAACGGACAUUCUGAUUGUCGGCGGAGGACCUGCUGGACUUUCAGCAGCAAUUAGAGCUAAAAAACUAGCGGAGGAAUCCGGACGUGAUUUACGUGUCACAUUAAUUGAGAAAGCAGGUACCGUAGGCAGUCAUAUACUUAGUGGAGCUUGCAUUGAUCCAGUCGCCUUGAACGAAUUAAUUCCCAACUGGCAAGAACUCGGUGCGCCUCUUAAAACACCAGUUACUGAGGAUAAAUUUGCAUUGUUGACGGAAAAGGGUCGCAUACCGAUCCCCAUUGUCAAAGGAAUGCCUAUGUACAAUCACGGAAACUAUAUUGUCAGAUUAGGACACGUAGUAUCGUGGUUGGGCGAGCAAGCAGAGGCAGCAGGUGUUGAAUUAUACGCUGGUUAUGCAGGAUCAGAAGUUAUAUAUCACCAAGACGGCUCGGUGAAGGGUGUAGCGACUAAUGACGUCGGCAUAGCCAAAGAUGGCUCACCAAAAGAGACAUUCGAACGUGGGAUGGAGCUUCACGCCAAGUGUACUAUCUUCGCCGAAGGCUGUCACGGGCACCUGACAAAACAGGUGUCGCAAAGAUUAAAUCUGCGAUCAGAUUGCGAGCCCCAGAGCUACGGUAUUGGACUGAAAGAGGUAUGGGAAAUAAAUCCAGAAAAACAUCGUCCUGGCGCAGUUGAACACACAGUAGGUUGGCCGCUUGAUAAAAACACCUACGGUGGCUCCUUUUUGUAUCAUUUAAAGGACGAGACGCCAUUAGUGGCUGUUGGAUUCGUUAUUGGACUGGACUACACUAAUCCAUACUUGCAUCCUUUCAAAGAAUUUCAGAGAUUCAAGCAGCAUCCGGCUAUCCGUCCAACGUUUGAGGGUGGAAAGAGGAUAGCUUACGGUGCGCGAGCUCUAGUGGAAGGCGGUUUUCAGUGCAUACCAAAGCUUCAAUUCCCUGGCGGGUGUUUAGUUGGCUGCACUGCGGGAUUUCUCAAUGUACCCAAGAUCAAGGGCGUACAUAAUGCCAUGAAAAGCGGUAUGCUUGCAGCUGAGAGCGCCGUCGAAGUGAUAAUUGAGGCAGAGACCACUACUCCAACGGCUCUCGGUCUCGAACCCAAGACUUACACGGAUAAAAUAAAAAACAGCUGGAUUUGGAGUGAGCUUAAAGCUGUGAGGAAUUUCCGACCUAGCUUUCACUCUAGUUUGGGAUUGUAUGGAGGUCUCAUGUACGGAGGUUUCUCGAUGCUAACAAGAGGCAAAGAACCCUGGACCCUCUCUCAUGGCGGUCCUGAUCACGCUAAGUUGAAGCCGGCGUCUCAGUCCACGCCAAUCGAAUAUCCAAAGCCAGAUAAUCAAGUGUCCUUUGAUUUACUUUCGUCUGUUGCACUCACUGGAACUAAUCAUGAGUCAGACCAACCACCUCAUUUAACUCUUUGUGACGACACUGUACCAGUUAAAAAUAACCUCAAGGUUUACGAUGGACCUGAGGGACGUUUCUGCCCUGCUGGAGUAUAUGAGUACGUACCAUUGGAAACCGGGGAUGGCCAGAGGCUACAGAUCAACGCUACCAACUGUAUACACUGCAAGACAUGUGAUAUUAAGGAUCCGAGUCAGAACAUCAACUGGGUGGUGCCUGAAGGUGGAGGUGGACCUGCUUACAAUGGCAUGUGAGAAUUCAACAUCAUUUUUCUUUAAUUCUUUUUAUUUUUAUUCUAUUUCUAUACUCUCAUUUUUAUUGCUAUCCAUUUAUUACUUUUUACGUCUUCCAUUAUAUUAAUACAAUUACAAUAACGAUAAUUUCUAUUAUGAUGAUAAUCAUCAUUAUAA